AUGGCGGAAACCAUGACGGUUUCGACAUCAGGAAACAAUGAAAAGUUUGUCGCCACAAGUGCAGUUGACGUCGAAUCGAAGGCAGACGGUCAUGUAUCCUUUGGCCAGGCUGAUGCAGCAUUGGAGUACCUUCGUGCUGGCGAGGUGGCUACUUUCUCUGAUGUAGAUGAGAAAAAGCUGCUUCGAAAGAUCGAUUGGAUGGUUGUGCCCCUAAUGUGGGCAAUCUACUUUCUGCAAUACCUAGACAAGAUUCUAAUCAAUUAUGCAUCCGUCAUGGGCCUUCUUGAUGACACUGGCAUGCGAACAGACCAGUUCUCAAACCUCGCUUUGGCGUUCUACGUGUCCUACCUCUUCUUUGAACUUCCAACCGGAUAUUUCAUGCAGCGUUUGCCGACAGCAAAGUACUUGGGACUGAAUGUGACCCUCUGGGGCCUUUUGACAACUCUCAAUUGUGUUGCGAAGAACUUCCCCGGACUCGUCGUUCUUCGAGUGCUCCUAGGAUGUUUUGAAAGUGCUGUAGCACCUGCAUUGAUUCUGAUAACCUCCAUGUGGUACAAGAGAAACGAACAACCUAAGCGCAUCGGUUUCUGGUACCUGGGCACAGGCACCGCGACCAUAGUAGGCGCCCUCGUUGCAUACGGGCUGCUCUUCUACGAAGGGGACAAAUUCUACUCCUGGCAGAUCAUGUUCCUGAUCUUUGGGCUCAUUACUAUCGCAGUCGGAAUCACGGUCAUUGUUGUCUUCCCAGACAACCCUAUGAAGUCCCGGCUAAGCCAUGAAGAGAAAUUGAUGGUAAUUGAGCGUCUUCGCGAGAAUAGGACGGGUAUUGAAAACAAGAACUUCAAAUGGGGGCAAUUCUUCGAGGCCUUUAAGGACCCUCAGACAUACUUGAUUGCUAUAAUAAUUGCCUCAGGGAACAUCAGUAAUGCAGCCAUCAGCAGCUUCUCGUCCCUGAUCAUCAAGAACUUCGGUUUCGACACCAAGGAGACUGAACUGCUCACGAUACCGGGCGGCGUCGUCAGCGUGAUUAGCAUCUUACUCGGUACAUACUUGGCAGGCCGUUUCGACCAGCGGUGUUUUUGCAUUAUCGGCAUUCUAUGUUCGGGCCUCCUUGGAGGUUGUCUCAUGGCAUUCGCUCCGAGUGACAACAAAGGCGCCAAAUUGGCAGGUAACUACCUGACCAACUGCGUCGGCGCAGCACUUCCCUUGCUCUAUUCUACCGUCGGGGCGAAUGUCGCCGGUCAUACUAAGAAAGUGACCAUGAAUGCAAUAGCCCUGAUGUCUUUCUGUCUCGGCAACAUUCUAGGGCCGUUGUCGUUUCGCACUGAGGACGAACCAGAGUAUAUGCCAGCCAAGAUCGCCAUUGUAGCCACUGUCUCUGUUGCGAUAGCUUUUACCGUGGCUCUGAAGUGCUACUACAUCUGGGAGAAUCGGCGACGCGAUAGAAAGUGUGCAGGGCUGCAACAUGAGGAGAAUUCCGAGUUUUUGGACCUUACAGACAAGGAAAAUCUAGAGUUUAGAUACAAGCACUGAGCUAAUGAGAAUAUUAAUGCCAUGUCUGUUAAAUUAUAUACAAAGAGAAUCUAUAUACACUAUGCAAGCGCUCAACAAUUAUGCCACGGAAGUUUGAAACACGGUCU